UUUAUCUUUUUUCGCCUCUUAUCCCUUUAUUUAUGCCUCUAUUCAUGGUUCAAGUAGCAAACUGAUACAGUGAAGGUGGGUCUCAAACUGAUAGAAUGACAGUGUUUUAGGUUUGGCGCUUAACACUGGGGAAAGCCACAAAGGAUUUGCAUAUGGUUAAUUGAAUUUUGGAGCAUGAGAACAUUGACUAAAGCAAAUUUUUUAAUUAAAAUAAUUGAAUGUAGAGGAGGGGGAGGGGUUCAUAUAGUUGUUAACUUUGUUACUUUUGUUUGACUAGGAUAAGUAGAGGCUACCUUCACUGAUAACCUGAUCAUGUGGAUAAAAUUUAGGUAGUCCAGAUUUAAGGCAAUAACACAAUAUUAAGGUAUUAAAUUCUUUACAUGUACAAAGGGUGGGGCAGCUGACUAACUCUCCACACUGUUAUUCUUCCUCGUCAAUUUAUUUUGUCUGAUGUACUUUAAUUUAUUGAAGAUAUUGAAAUCCAUAUCUAUACUAGGACUGUUGAUCUGACAGCAAAACUAAAUAGCUCUCUCUCUCUCUCUCUCUCGCCCUGUCUCUCCAAUUCAAACAAUCCCAUGUUAGAUAGAUCUGAAUACUGGUAUAAGAUGUUAUUAGUACCACCAAGUUUUGAUCCCUUGCAAACCCAUGCAUAUAACUUGGACACAAAUAUGUUUGGAUGAGCAAAAGAUAUGCAUUUUUUUGUUCAAACAAAUAAACCUGAGUGAUACUGUGGUAACAGAGCUCAAAAUACUUGAUAUUAUACCAACUUUGGGCUGAAAACAUCUUAUACAUAAGGAGUUAUGCUAAGAAUUUUGUGACUGUACAAAGUAUCUAAGUGUUUUUGCUAAAUUUUGAAAUUUUAGCUUUAAUAUACAAUAUUACAAUUUCCUUCUCUCUAAGCAGUUUCAGGAGGUUCUAUCAAGGUUGAAAUAAUACAGUUGGUGUAUAUGAAGAAUUUUAAGUUAUCUUACAAGUGUCUCAAGAUCACUGAGUAUUCUGAAUGCUGACACUCUGAAGAUCAACAGAACAUUCUUAGUGUCUGUGUCCCUAUAUUUUUAAUAUUUCACUACUGACAGAUCAACCCUGACAUUCUAUAUUGAAUGAGGAGACGGAUGAAGAGUUUGGUGUUUUGGAGGAGAGGCCGUGAUGGAGAAUGUGGAACCAUUUAGUGCAUGGGAUAUGAGCUAGUAGACUAUGCUUGCACUCCUGAGGAAGUCCAACAGCAUUUCCAAUCCUGUGGGACAGUGAACAGGGUUACAAUUCUAACAGACAAAUUUGGUCAACCCAAGGGAUACGCAUAUGUGGAGUUUGUUGAAGUAGAUGCUGUUCAGAAUGCUCUGCUGUUAAAUGAAUCAGAGUUGCAUGGUCGUCAAUUGAAGGUGUGUGCUAAAAGAACUAACAUUCCAGGAAUGAAGCAGUACCGGGGACGGAGGCCUAAUCCAUAUACAGCAUUUCGAUCCCGACGACCUUACAUGCCUCCCCCAUUUUAUUCACCUUAUGGAUAUGGCAAGGCUCCAAGGUUCAGGAGGCCCAUGCGCUACAGGCCAUACAACUGAAAUAGUUGUGUUUUGACUACACGGCAACGACUCCUAGAUUCUUGGAUCAGGAACAUGAUCAGAUUGAAAGCCAGAUUCUUAAUGUGUACCUCGAUAUAAAGAACCAUUCUACACACUUUAAUUAUCUUCUAUUGAUGGGAAUUUUAUUGUAACUUGGAAAUUGUUCAGGCUUUUGACCCAUCCAUUCUAACCAAUGAUUGCUCGGUUGUGGUAAAUACAACGUGGAGAUGUCACUAUAAUUAUUGUUGUAUCUGGAUCUAUGCAUGUUACGUGGUGCAUUAGCUUAGAAUGGUUAAUGUUUUUCCAGAGUA